UCUGCCUCCAUCCUUCUCCGUCACAAUGAGUGGCUUCUUUGCCUCUCUGGACCCCCGGCGGGUGCAGUGGGGGGCUGCUUGGUAUGCCUUGCACUCCAGGAUCCUUCGCACUAAGCCCGUGGAGUCGAUGCUGGAAGGCACUGGAAGCACCACAUCUCAUGGGACCAAGUUGGCCCAGGUGCUCACCACGGUGGACCUCAUCUCCCUUGGGGUUGGCAGCUGUGUGGGCACUGGCAUGUAUGUGGUAUCUGGGCUGGUGGCAAAGGAGAUGGCAGGACCUGGUGUCAUUGUGUCCUUUAUCAUUGCAGCUGUGGCUUCUAUCUUAUCAGGUGUCUGCUAUGCUGAAUUUGGAGUUCGAGUUCCAAAGACUACUGGGUCAGCCUAUACCUACAGCUAUGUCACAGUGGGCGAGUUUGUGGCAUUUUUUAUUGGCUGGAAUCUGAUCCUGGAGUACCUGAUUGGCACCGCAGCAGGGGCCAGUGCCCUAAGCAGUAUGUUUGAUUCCCUGGCAAACCACACCAUCAGCCGCUGGAUGAUUGACAGCGUGGGGACUUUAAAUGGUCUGGGAAAAGGAGAAGAAUCAUACCCAGACCUGCUGGCCCUCGUCAUUGCUGUCAUUGUGACCAUCAUUGUUGCCCUUGGGGUGAAAAAUUCUGUGGGCUUCAACAAUGUUCUCAAUGUGCUCAACUUGGCCGUGUGGGUGUUUAUCAUGAUUGCUGGUCUUUUCUUCAUCAAUGGAAGCUACUGGGCUGAAGGACAGUUCCUGCCUCAUGGAUGGUCAGGGGUUCUCCAAGGAGCAGCAACUUGCUUCUAUGCCUUCAUUGGUUUUGACAUCAUCGCCACGACAGGAGAAGAAGCAAAGAAUCCCAACACAUCCAUUCCUUAUGCCAUCACCGCCUCCCUGGUCAUCUGCCUCACGGCGUAUGUGUCUGUGAGCGUGAUCUUGACCCUGAUGGUGCCCUAUUAUGCCAUUGACACCGAGUCCCCCCUCAUGGAGAUGUUUGUGGCCCACGGAUUCUAUGCUGCAAAAUUCAUUGUGGCCAUCGGCUCCGUUGCUGGCCUGACAGUCAGCCUGCUGGGGUCUCUCUUCCCAAUGCCCAGGGUCAUUUAUGCCAUGGCUGGUGAUGGGCUUCUCUUCAGAUUCCUGGCGCACGUCAGCUCCUACACAGAGACGCCAGUGGUGGCCUGCAUUGUGUCCGGCUUCCUAGCCGCUCUGCUCUCUCUCUUGGUCAGCCUGAGAGACCUGAUUGAAAUGAUGUCCAUUGGCACUCUGCUAGCCUAUACCUUGGUCUCAGUCUGCGUCCUGCUCCUCCGAUACCAGCCAGAGAGCGACAUUGAUGGUUUUGUUAAGUUCUUGUCUCAGGAGCACACCAAGAAUAAGGAAGGCGUUCUGGCUGAAUGUGAGAAGGAAGUUUGCUCUCCCGUGAGCGAAGGGGAAGAGUUUUCAGGCCCAGCUACAAAUACAUGUGGGGCCAAGAAUUUACCAUCCUUGGGAGACAAUGAGAUGCUCAUCGGGAAGUCGGACAAGUCUGCCUACAAUGUCAACCAUCCUAACUAUGGCACCGUGGAUAUGACGUCUGGCAUAGAGGCCGACGAGUCAGAAAAUAUUUACCUGAUCAAGCUCAAGAAGCUGAUUGGACCUCGCUACUAUACCCUGAGGAUCCGCCUUGGCCUUCCGGGCAAAAUGGACCGGCCCACGGCGGCCACUGGCCACACAGUGACUGUCUGUGUGCUCUUGCUCUUCACCCUUAUGUUCAUCUUCUGCUCCUUCAUCAUCUUUGGCUCAGAUUACAUCUCAGAGCAGAGCUGGUGGGCCAUCCUCCUGGUCAUCCUCAUGGUCCUGCUCAUUGCUGCCCUGGUGUUUGUGAUCUUACAGCAGCCAGAGAAUCCUAAGAAGUUGCCCUACAUGGCCCCCUGCCUCCCAUUCGUGCCUGCCUUUGCCAUGCUGGUGAAUAUCUAUCUCAUGCUAAAACUCUCCACCAUCACCUGGAUCCGGUUUGCUGUCUGGUGCUUUGUGGGUAUGCUUAUUUACUUUGGAUAUGGCAUAUGGAACAGCACGCUGGAAAUCAGUGCCAGGGAAGAGGCCUUGCACCAGAGCACCUACCAGCGCUACGACGUGGAUGAUCCCUUCGCAGUAGAGGAUGGUUUCUCCUACGGCCCGGAGGGUGAGGGCCAGCAGGACUGGGGAGGCGCAGCGGCCGAAGACAAAGGCUUCUAUUACCAGCAGAUGUCAGAGGCAAAGGAAAACAGCCGGACAAGUAGCAAACCGAAAAGCAAAGGCAAACACAAACAGAACUCGGAGGCCUUGAUUGCAAAUGAUGAGUUAGAUUACUCACCAGAGUAG